AUGGUCUCCUCGACCUCAGUAUAUCUCUUUGGGCUCUCUCAGCUCCUGACUACGGCCUCGUCAGCGAACACCGGUGCGACAAAAUCUUGCACGCGUGAUGCGUUCGCCUCUCUCGGUCUUCCGAACAUCAAUGUUCUCUCCGUCGAUGCAAAGCUGGACCAAGCACACUGGGAUGUAGACGAUACCUUGAACGCCUAUCCUGUUCAAACGGAUAAGACUGUGGAAGUUUGCCAGCUGACGGUGAACUACACUCACCCCGGGUGGAAUGAUAAGGUCACUACCUGGAUUUCGCUCCCGGUUGAUAACUGGAAUGGCCGCUUUGUCGGCAUGGGCGGUGGUGGCUGGACCAUGGGUUCUCUGGGUGCGCUCAGCCAGGCCGUCUUCGGAGGUUAUGCGGCUGCUUCCACAAAUGGUGGACAUGAUGAGUUGGCAACCGUCAAGUCUUGGGGACUGGCUAGUGAAGGGAAUGUAAACUGGGCAAACAUGCAAGACUUUAGCUCCGUUACUCUGGACGAGACUGCCUCAUUGGGAAAGGCUGCUACCAAGAUGUUCUACGGAAAGCCACACAAGUAUGCUUAUUGGAAUGGAUGCUCUACUGGAGGUCGACAGGGCCUGAUGAUGGCUCAGCGAUAUCCCACUCAGUAUGAUGGGAUUUUGGCUGGCGCGCCUGCCAUCAACUGGGAUAAGUUUAUUCCUGCCGAAUUCUGGCCUCAGAUGUUGAUGGAUGUUCUGGACUACUACCCCUCAACUUGUGAAUUAGAAGCUAUCACUGAAUACGCAAUCAACGCCUGCGAUGAGCUCGAUGGGGUCAAAGAUGGCAUCAUUUCCCUGCCAGGACUCUGCAAGUUUGACCCAACCACCGUGAUUGGCAAGACAGCACAGUGUGUAUCCAAUAAUAGCACUAUCAAACUCACCGCCAAGGCCGCCAAAUACGUUUCUCUCGUAUGGGCCGGGCCGUCAGACGCAUACGGAUCCUCCCUUUGGUAUGGACUCUCCCACGACGCACCUCUCACCAGCCUAGCAGGCACAAACUGCACAACACCAUCAAAGCACUGCAAGGGCGUGCCGUUCCAAAUCUCCGCAGACUGGCAGCAGAUUUUCCUUUCUCGGAAUUCUUCAGUAGACUUAUCAACAAUCAACUACGCUGAAUAUGUUCGUCAUUUCCGCCAGUCCGUCAACGAAUACAGUUCCGUCAUCGGCACCCGCGAUCCCAAUCUGACAGGAUUCAAGCAGGCGGGCGGUAAAAUGAUUUCUUGGCACGGCAUGAAGGACCAGCUCAUCUUCUUCAAUGGUACUGAGAACUACUACCAGAAGGCCAUGGACAUCGAUGCCAAUCUUCAGGAUUACUAUCGCUUUUUCGCGGCCCCUGGUGCUGAGCACUGCAAGGCUGGCAUCGGAUUCUAUCCUGGCAGUAGCUUUGAGGCUCUUGUGGAUUGGGUUGAAAAUGAGACUGCUCCGGAUACACUGCAGGCUAUUGCUACACCGACUGCUACUGGGACUGCUCAGCUUCCUUUGCGCACGGCGAACCUGUGUGCGUACCCUAAGAUUUUGACUUAUGUUGGGGGUGAUGCUAGCAAGGCGGCUUCAUUUACUUGUAAAUAA